AUGGCGUCUACCGAACUUGGUGAGAACUUUGGAGAAACUUAUCAAGAAUUUCGAGAAAUUCAGGUUAAGAAGAGAGAUACCUGUCAUAGCCUGGCCCCACUCCAGGACGGAUAUGAUUAUCAAAAAGCUAAAAGGAAAAACAAAAGAAAGAAACGUUCCAAACACUCACCAUCAGCUGAGAUGACAGCCAAGAGGAUCUCACGAACAGCGCUAGAUACAAUGAGAUUGCGUACCAUACGCAAAAUACCAUCUAUGAGCACUUGUACAUGGCAACUCAUCUCAGAAGAAAUAGAAACUCAAAUGUCAAAAAUAGAACUGGAAGAGACAUGUACGAGGGUAGAGACAGGAGUGCAAGAAGUAAUUCAGAAAUCGGAAUACCAAGCUCUGGAUACAUCGUUAACAAAUGACGGUCUUAAUGGAAACACGGUCGUAGUAGAUGCGCCAGAGGAGGAAGAACAAAGUAAAGGGAAGAACAGAAAUGACCCCACUGGGGCAACACAGACACUCUCUCUUUUUCAUAAAACGGAGGAGGAUAAUACCAAACUAAUACAAAAAUACAAACAGGACCUUGAAAUGUACGACAAGCAACUCAGACAGCAAAUUCAAGAAUGCAAAGCAGCACUCCAGCAAGGUUCUCACAUAGAAAUCUACGACAAAGGAUGUGAAAUUCAUUCCCAAAUAAGUUUCCCUGUAAAAUCUGUCCUGGGUACUGCCAGUUUCACUCCAAACAAAAAUCCUCAACAUCACCUAGAACUGGCCUUUGGGAAAAUUACUGCGUUAUAUCAAGGUCAAGCUUCAACUGACCAGGACGGGUCAGUCAGAACAUCUGGUGGUCAGAAACCAUCCUCUACAUCACAACAGUCAGAACCAAAAGGAAAGAAGGCAGUGACUAUGUACAAACUACUGCCACAGACCAAAGUGUUGGAGGAGUGGGAGUCUCCCGUUGGUAUUGAUUCCAUAUGCCCCACCAUUGAUGGUCAGGUGUGGACCAGUGUGUGUUACAGUAAAACAUUAACUCUCCUGGACAGGAGGGGGAAAGUAAUACAAGAGGUCAAACACAAAACUAAAAUCAACAACCUAAGUAUGUCACCAACAUCACAAACAUUGUGGGUCUGUGAUACAGAAAACAACAUCAUGGAGCUGGUAUCAGGACAACUGUCACACAGAUUCAGCACCAAGGAGAGACCCAUGUGUACCUGUGUUACUGCCAGUAACUAUGUCAUUGUGGGGAUGACCAACAACAUCUCCAAAUUUACCACACAAGGUCAAAUGGUACUGACUAGAAGUUCUACAGGGAUUGGGAAGCCAUUAGUGUGUUCACCAUGGAGGAUCUCAGAGUGUCCUGUCACUCACAAUAUCGCAGUGGUUGAUAGGAAUUAUAAGGGUGAUGGUGGAGCUGAACCAUUCAACCCCAGGAGUGUGGUGUAUGACAGUGUGGGAAACAUUAGCAUAGGGAACUUAAACAACAACAGACUCCUACUCAUCAGUGGACGUUGGGAGUUCCUCAGGAUCAUACACACAGACGCAAACUGUGCAUGGGCUGUAGGUGUAGACAGGGAGGAUGUCCUGUGGGCAGAGUUUGGUUUGAGGAAUGUUAAACUACUACAGUACAACAGUGUGCGACUCCUGUGA